GAACUGAUGAAACAUCCAUCUUUGGAUGCGGUUAAUGGUGAAAGAGUUUCAACUUCUUCAAACAAAGCUCGCCUGCGCCGUGCUUCGAUGUUGAAAAGUCGAUUUGCAGACACCAUCUUCAAUGCACAACAGAAGAAGAUGGAUGCACUGAAUGUUGAUCCAUUAAUGGAGACGAAACAAGAAAAGAGAACAUCCAAAACAAGGCAGGUUGACAAAAAAGGAAACGCCGUGGAAGCUGCCGGUGAUCAAGUGAAGGUGAAUGUUGAGUUGAAAAAGCAACGGGAAAGGGAUAGGAAAGCUGCUCGGAUCGCAUUAGAUAAGAUGGAAGACACUGCUGGGAUUCCACUUAAUAUAGAGGUUCAAAAGGAAUUCGAGAUUCUGAUGGGAUGUUCUUCGUCCUCGAAUUACCUCGGUUACGUCGAGAGUCCUACAGGUCAAAGAGUACAUCGAUAAGUUCAGGAUUGCGGAUCCUUCACAUUCAUCUAUGGAAGACAAGUAUGUUAAGAUAUUGAGGAAGGUGGAAUAGUGUGUUAAACUUAUAGACGUAAAAUUUCUAUAUUAUUUAU